ACACAGUUCGCUUUGCGGAAUUUAUGUUUGUCGAAUACUUUCAGAACACUCUGAAACAUUUGUGUCGUCUCUUCAACGUGUCGACCUGUGUUGUCAUACAUCAUCAACAUGGAUGUUUACCCGCAGUGAAAGACAGUGAAUGCGAGCAGUAGCAGUGAGUAAACCAGCUCGAAAACAGCAAAAUGAUCCCAAAUGUUCUCUCAGUUAUCUCCCUUUCAUUGCUUGUUGGACUGGCCUCUGCUGUAGGACCAACGUCGCUUAAGGCACAUGAUCCCCUGUGCGACAUCCAGUCUCCCGUUUCUCAAACUAAAAGCUGCCGCCCAUUAAGAUAUUUUUAUAACAAGGAAACAGGUCUCUGUGGGCGCACUUGCAGCAGUAAUGCUCCAUUCAGUACAAGGAUGGAAUGCGAUAUGUCAUGUAGAAGUGUGGUCGUCUGCUUCAUCCGAAUGCGGCCUCAGCCCUGUGACGGCAGCUUCAGCGUAAAGGUAUUCCGUUUCAACGCACACAAAGGAAAAUGCUAUUCAAGGAAGGGUUGCACAUACAGAGGAAACAACUUUCCAACUAUGGAAGAGUGCAUGAGCACUUGUAGCGCAGGCGCAGGAUCCACCGACGAAAGUGAUGAUGAUGAAGGUGGCAGUAGCCAUUUGCAGCAGCAGAGGCAUGUGCACUUGCCGCUUUAUAAGUUGGUGGUCCGAAUACAGCGGAACGGUACACAGCCUAUCGCGCCGGAAUUAUCUAAUACUGGAGGAGCGCCAAGCAUUCCCCAACGUGUUUCAGGCCAACAACAAAUGACCGGAGCAACUGCCACGAGUCCAGCGGAGAGCCCACCACUGCACUCAGAUACUGCAGUCGAAUCAGGAAUUGCCCAACAUGAUGGACGGUGCACUGCCAAUAUCUCGAAGUCCACGCCUUCCUGCAACUCGCCUAUGUACUACUUCGAUCAGACUACGCGGCUCUGCAGACGCACCUGCUCUGAACAGGCACCGUUUCAAUCUAAAUCGGAAUGCGACGGCAUAUGCCGAAGCGUUCUUGUGUGUUUUGAUAAACAGCGACCUCAUCCCUGCAAGACCAAUAGCAACAACGUUGUAUAUUACUUCGAUGCUCACAAAGGAAAGUGCUUUGCUAGAACAGGUUGUACUUACACAGGGAACAACUUUCCGACUAUACAAGAGUGCAAGCGCACAUGCGGUGCAUACGCAGGGUUCAAAGGGCAGACUGAAGUCAACAAAGAUAUUGCGCUCGUUCCAAACAACGGGAGGCCAUCACAGCCGCUGGACCAAGGUGUGCCAAGCCAGGAGACACCACGCAAUGUUACACGUGAACAAGCAACUCACUCAGAAGGCUACUUCGUGUCGCCAAAUAACAGACCAGCCUUCGCAAUUCCAGAGGAUGGCACAGCUUUGCCACCAAAUACGUCACAUGGAGAAGUGCCCGCAUCUCCUGCGCUGGGCAUCGAUGUGCCGCCGAUUAUCAGCCCAGCGACACCUCCGGGAGGAAGUAAACCUGACUCAUCAGAUGCUGCAAUAGCAUCGACUAUUCCCCAACAAGAUCACAGGUGCUCUGUUACUGUAACCAAAGAAACAGACACGUCUUGCAAGGCACACAUGUACUAUUUCGAUUCAAGGACCCGCCUUUGCAAACCUACAUGCUCAGAAAUGGCGCCAUUUGUGUCCAGAACCGGAUGCAUCAGGAACUGUCGUAGUGUUCUCGUCUGCUUCGUCAAGCGCCUCCCUAACAUUUGCGGACGCAAUCGCAAGAUCACGGUGUACUACUACAACCCUCGCAAAGGGAGAUGCUUUGUAGGGAAAGGCUGCACAUACCAAGGGAACAACUUUCCUACCUUAGGCGAGUGCCAACGAACGUGCGGUGCAUUCACAGGCUUAGAGGAGCCCAGUGAAGCAGAGAAUAUCAGCGGGAACAGAGACAGUACCAGUGAGCCACCGCUGGAACAACCUGACGAACCUGUGACGGAGCAGAUGCCAAGUACCACACCUGUGCCACCCGUGACGGAACAGGUGCCAAGUACCACACCUGUACCAACUAUACCACCCAUGCCCGAACCUCCGAGACCCGGAAUUGUUUCGUGGGUACCACAAAACGAGCCAGUCAGAGUGCCGCCACCGACAAGCACGUCUACGCGAAUGACGCCACCGACUCAGCCCUUCGAAACUGGGAUAAUGCCAGCAGUCCCACAUCAUGAUUCAAGGUGCAUCAUAUUUUUUCCCGGAUCGCCAAACGACUACUGCAAAGCACGAAGAUUUUACUUCGAUAUGAGACGUCGUCUUUGUAUGCCUACCUGCUCAAAAUGGGCACCAUUUGAGUCAAGAUCUGAGUGCAAUGUCUUGUGUAGAAGCGUUUUUGUGUGCUUUAUUGAACGCCGAAACGCACUCUGCAAAACUCGUCGCAGUGUCACCGUCUUCUAUUACGACUUCCACAAAGGAAAGUGCGUUAACGGUAAAGCGUGCGAAUACAGAGGAAACAACUUCCCAACAGCAGAAGAGUGUGAACGAACUUGUAGUCCAAUCACAGGUGAACACGAGCAGGCGCUGGACAGCGGCCCCCAUAUCAUUGCAAGCCCAUCAAUGCUGUCCAAUCCAGUAUACCCGAUGCAGUACCAGCCGAAUACAAUAGCGGUGCCACCCCCUCUGCCGCCUCUCCCGGUGCGUCAUGCGAACAAACCUAUAUCACCACUGCUGAGACCUGAAGCUGAGCAUGUGUACCCGGAAGACUCAGCCGUUCAAAUUCUUUCACCGUUGAACUUUUCUUCAAGGACGCCGGUUCAACAGUCGGUCACAACACAGCAAAUUUACCCAGCCAUAGUGCCGAAACAAAGUAGCACACUGAAGGCGUCGCCAAUUGACCAGGUACCAACACAGCAAAAACUCAACGGCCUAGUUGUUCCAACUAAACACCACCUCCACCCACAGAUUGCUGUGGCAUCCCCACUAAAACAUGAGGUCGGCCAGCCACAUGUGAUUGUGGCUCCAGUAUCGGCCACAAAAAAUGCAACACUGCUAAAGUCGAUUACCUCAGCGAUCAGAUCUGUCAAGCAGGAACACUUGAGUUCACCUGUGUUGUCGUCCUUUCAACAGCAGGUCAGCCAUCAGCAUUUAAGUACACCGAUGCUGCCUUUAAAGAAACAAGCCGUAAUAGAUCAAAAGAUGCGCGUGCCAGCACCACCACCGCUUAGAAAGCAUAUCUCUCAACAGCAGGAGAAUACCGCUGUGCUCGCACCGAUUACCCAGGAGGCAACCUUGAAGCAGGUCAAAACGUUAGCGGUACCGCAGACACAACAGGUGGCGCAGCACAAGCUGAAUUCCCAAGUUGUAUUACUGACUGAGCAGCCGUCAUCACAGCAGGUACCGAAUAAUCUAAUAUCGCUACCUGCUCAACAAAUAGUCACGCGGCAUAACCUAGAUGCACAGACUGUAUCACACAUAGAACAAACGAAAGUGCAGGAACAAACAGAGGCCCACAAAUUAUCAGUAGUUCCACAGACAGUCACACAGCAAGUACUGACCACGUCCGCAGCAACACAAAUUGGUCACCAAAGCAGGCUGCUCCCAAUACCGACACGAGCCGUCUCCCAAAUACAAGCACAGACCACGAAACAGCAACUCAGUACAGCUAUGGGCUCACCGACUCCGCAGCUCGUAACCCAGCAACACCUUGCAAGUCCCGUCGGUCCACCACUUCAGCAUUGGACCGCUCCACAGCAGGUCAGCAGCCAGAUGUUUCCACUUUUUCCCAGGCCAUGGCCUUUCGGUUUCCGGUGAUACUCAGCGAACACAUUGUCAAAUACAAGUUUGCAGGAUGAAAAAGGAGGACAGAAAUAUCUCUAUGCAAUGACGAGAAUUGAACAACACCCUUGUUCUGGAACAUCUUAUUUCACUGGAACAAUAAUUGCAUAACAUAUUAUACCAAUGAAUACCUCUCAUUCACCGCGUCAACGUCUUCGAUAUCCUCUCCUGCUACAUACCAUUAGAACUUUUAAGAGAAGAU